UAUGUUAAAGACUCGACCAAGAUGCAUUCUGAACUUCCAUAAAUUAUUUGUUACGAGAUCAGGAGACAAAUUCCAUGGGAUGAUUUAAAGAGGCUUGGCAUACCACCUCCCCCUGAAGGAAGAUACAUGUCACGCUUUCAAAUCCCAUCACCACCACGAAGAAAAGGAAGUAGCGUGGACUAUGAAGACUCUCAUAAGCAUGAGAAGCGAAGUGUAUCUGUCCAUCAGCUUGAAAAGUCGGCUAGUCCAGACCGCUCGAUUGGCGGAGAGAAGUCCGUAUACAGGGAAGAAUACCAUUACAAGCAUCACAAAAGAGGAAGACAUUCUCAUCGGCAUGAAACAAAGUUUUCUGGCCUAGAUACGUCAUCUGAAGAAAGAAGCUACAUGGACAAGGAAGAACGUUCUUCUAAGCACAGUAGAAAUUCACGUCGACGUGAUAGGUGGAAUCCUAAUCGGGACGACUCGUAUAGUGACUAGGUCAGUUGCUCUGUGUUGUUUGAGGGUAAAAAUUGGUAUUUAUGUCAUUGCGACGUGGAUAAUGCAAAACCAUGAUAGUUAAUGCAAAACCAUGAUUGAUAGUUAAAGAUU